AUGACUGUCAACCCGGCCGAUGACGAAUUGUUCACGAGAGCCAUCUCCGGAUACCGCGAAGCGUUUUUGGUUCAACAUUCCCAUCUCUCGGAAUCCGAACAAAUACAUCUCUGGAGGGAACGGCUGGGGCAAUUCAUGCCGGCCCCCCAGGAACCCGUAGGGAAGCCGGGGAAACGGUCUCGACAAGAUGCGACACCGCGGACGAUACCCCCCUGUGACUCUGGUCUCCCGCGGGCAAAACGGAGAGCCACCACCCCGGACCUUGCAGACUCCGACCUGACUCGGAAUCUCUCCCACGCCUCCUCCCCCGACCUACCGCGGACCGCGUCCUUGUCGACCCCCCAGGGAGCCUACCGUCACACCGCCAUGGUGCGCUCCCAAAGCCAGCAGAUCCCGGUCUCCCAUCGACACCCACCGGCCGGGGCUGCCAUGGGCAAACGCCAAUCCUUCGGCCCCCGGACCCGUCGUCUCGACCAUGUUGACGAAUACUCGCCAUCCGAGUACGCCCGCCAUUUGGACAUCUCGCAAUCGUUUGAUCCGGCCUGGACAUUCAACGAACGGACUGGACCAUCCUUCCCGUGCCCCUGGACGUCCCCUUUCGACCAGGCCUCGACAUCGGCGGUGGAAAUGUCACGCAGCGAGACCACCGACUCACUCAUCGGCGGAAUCAACAUGUUCCGCUUCGACUCGUCCGGACCAUCCUCAACCCCCAACUCCCACGGCUCCAUCCCUCCGGAUUGGGUGCCAAGUUCCUCUCCUUUUACGUAUCAAGAUCCCGUUCUCUCAGUAUAUCCUGACCUAGAUCCCACAAUUCCCAUGCCCUUCCCCACCACCACCUCAUCCUUUUCAACAUCCGCUCCCCCAUCCACCGCCUUCUACCCCAUGCCCCACGCCUUCCCCUCGAUCGAGGCAGCAGAAAUGAAACCCUCGGAUUCAUUCGACAGUAUCCGCUCAGCAUCUUCACCAUCGCGCGCCGCACGCCGCACUCAAGAGCAGAUCGCCCACGGCUCUCGCCCCAUUGCACCAAAGAGCGACGCCCAUGACAGCACCGUGUGCCUCUCCGACCCAAGCGAUCCACACAAGAUGCUCCGUAUCUCCUCGGCAGACGGCACAACCAAGGAAGUUGCUGCGAUCCCCAAAGCAUCGAUCCACAGACCUCCGCGCCCAAAGACAUACUGUCAUCUCUGUCAAGACCAUCCGGACGGCUUUCAUGGCGAUCACGAGCUGCGCCGUCAUAUCGAGCGCGUGCACUCUUCCGUUCGCAAGGUGUGGAUGUGUGUCGAUAUCUCGACCGAUGGGAAUUUCCUUGGCAACUGCAAGGCUUGUCGGAAUGGGAAGAAGUACGGCGCAAAUUAUAAUGCCGCGGCGCACUUACGUCGCACCCAUUUCAAUCCUUGCCAGCGGGGUCGUGGUGGCCGUGGGAAGGACAGCGAGAAGCGCGGUGGGAAGGGCGGAGGUAAUUAUCCGUCCAUGGAUGUAUUGAAGCAUUGGAUGGUUGCCGCUGAGGAGGUCAUUGAAGAUGCAUCUCUGGACGGUCUCGACUCAGGGAUGGCCGUCCGGGGUGAGAGCAACGUUCCGAUGCAUAUCGCGGUUGACACGACCGUCUGUGAGACUCUUGAAGACUAUGUCCCGUUUGAGAUGGGAUCGACUCCCUUUGAUGGGUAUGAUCAAUUCUCCGAGACGCCUGGUGUGCCCUUCAAGCUCAACCUGGAGCUCGAGGAGCAAGCUUCUCCCAAGUCCCCACUCUAUUUCGACCCGCAGCGACCAUUCUCGCCCGAAGUGGAUUCAUAUGUGUGA